UGACAAACGCCCUUCGCUCCAACGUUCCAAGUGUAACGGGAAAUGUAAUUCGGGGAGCACGCAUAAAAAACCUGUCCUGUUUAUUGCAUUGUGUUACCGCAGUCAUUGUGGCCGGCCAUGGUUAUAUUUAGUACAAAGAAGAAUUUGACGAUAGCGGGUUAGAUGUGUGUGGACAGGUAUCGAACAGGUGGACUAAAAUCACGUUCACAGGUACACCCUGACGGCGUCUCCAUCUGCUCUGAGAAGGUAAAGUGCCCGCCAGUCAACUCUCAGUGAUGUGGCUGCAUAUGGUUCUGCUGUUGCUCGUUUUACCGGUACAUGGCGAUGAGCAAUGCUCCUGGGGGACAUAUGGCGAGAACUGCGACAGGCCCUGCCCCUCCAACUGUUACCCUGUCCUACGGAGAAACCUCAUACACUGUCAGAAGGACACUGGGAAAUGUUCUGAGGGAUGUGUUCGUGGCUACCAUGGCGACCAGUGUAAUACAUCCUGCAGCGGAGGCUGUUUAAACGAAACCUGCAAUCACGGAAAUGGACAUUGUACGUUAGGUUGCAAAGAGAUCUACAUCGGGGACUUUUGCAAUGAGACAUUAGACACAGUGGUGACGACGCAUGCAACUUUAUCAACAACAGAGGCGUCUUCAUCAGAGCCAGAGGUGGAUCUUCUUGUGAUCAUCAUACCUAUCAUCGUCAUCAUCAUAUGUCUGGUCAUACCGGCUGUGGUGGUCUGCCUGGUACGAAAACGGAAACGGAGAAGGAAAGCCGACUUUGAGAACAGGUUCCAAGAAGACAUUCCCUUGUUGGAAAAGACUGGAGCAGGCGCUGCCAGACCGGAGCGUGGUGUGGCUCAACAUAACCCAGAAUCAGAUCCACUGGGGCAAAAGAUAAACAAUGCAAGGGCCUUGUUUGUUGAGACUGCGAGCUUCGAGAAAGUGAGAGAAAUGUUAGAGACGUUCCAUCAUGUGACAAUCAGUGGAGCUCCUGGAGAAGGUAAAACAUCCAUGGCCCUGAUGUUUGGAGCUGAAUACAGGAAGCAGGGGUAUCAACUGAUAGUGGUUGAGGAUCUUGAUAACGUACAGCUGUCUGACUGGCAGGGUGAUGGCAAAGACGUAUGUCUGAUAUUUGAUGACAUAUUUCAGAUGGCCGGGCCAUAUUUGGAUGUGCCUCGUCUAACACAUCUUCUGUAUGAGCUCCAUCUGCACCUAACACAGUGUACGAACAGGCCUGGAGGAAGAUAUGAGAGCUACCAACAGGAGUCGGGAGAGGAAGGAAGGAGAGACAAACAGUCAAACAUGUAUCUCAUAUUCACAUCAGAAUCCACCACAUUAGAACAUGCAAGGUCACAACUCGGAGGCCAGACAUUCCGUUUCUUCAGCAACAGUACAAUUGCAGACUUGACCAAAACAAAGUCAUUUUCCUACACAGAUGAAGAGAAGAAAGAAAUAUGGCAGAAACACAGCUCCCAUUACAAAUACAAAGCAAAAGUCGAAGUGAUCGGACUUGGUGGAAAUGAUAAGCAAACCAUUGGAUUUCCUCUUGUAUGUAGACUUUUAUCCAGUUAUGCUGCCUUUCAAGAAAACCACGAAACGUUCUUGGAGAAUCCUGUAUCCUCUCUCAGAUUAGAACUUCAUGAGAUUAUCAGUCGAUGGGAUGAUCGGUCUGCUGCUCUGAUCCUGGUGCUCCUGUGUGACGGGCAGCUGAACAUUGGUCAGCUGGAGACAGAAUCUGACUCAGAACUAAAGACUCACCUCCAGGCAGUGCUGACUCUUGUGCCAACAUCAACCAACCAGAGUGUAGCUGAAGCUGUCAGGAGUCUUUGUGGUUCAUUGUUGACGGAAGGAAACAUAACAACAUUUUCCCAUUCUGUGGUUUAUGAUGUCUGUGUUUCUGUUUUAUACAGUAUUAAACCUGAGUUUGUUCGUGAACAUUUCAGCAUCCAGAUUCUCAUGAAACAUGUGCAGGAUCAGAAAACCGGUACCAUUCCUGUCAAUGAACACCGUCUAAUCAUUCCUUUCUCAGACUCAUACAGUGAAGCACUGGUUGACAGGAUGGUUGACUCUCUAUUCAGUAACAUAAAUUUAAGCAAAUAUGUUAUGCAACCUAUAUGGAAAAGAAAGGAAAUAAUCAAGAAAGUAUCUAAAAUGUUGAAAGAUAUACCUUCUCUGUCAAAUCAUGCCAAGCACCAAAUCUUCUGCUAUGCCUGUUUCAUUGGGGACAAAUCCAUUAUGAAAAAACUUCUUCCUCACUGUGACAUCAUUAGUCGUGGUUUGAAUGGGUGGACACCUGCUAUGUAUGCUGUUGUGUCUGGACAGAAGGAUAGUUUAGAGCGUCUCGUGAAAGGCAAGGCUGAUCUAAACCUUUGUGAUGACAACAGCAACACCUUGCUACACAUGGCUAGUGAGUACGGGUCAACUUCAGUUGUAGAGUACCUACUUCAAAAUCAUAGAUUUGACAUUAACAAUCCAGGCGUACAUGGCUGGACACCACUUGCAUGUGCAGUGUUUGCUGGGAAGAAGGAUGUAUUGGAUAUUCUUCUGAAAUGCAAAGCUUUAAGAGAUACCACCAUAAAAAAUGCACUUCAUCUAGCAUUUGAGUGGGGAAAUAGCUCCAUCGUAAAAAAUCUGCUGCCACGGACGGGCGUGAAUUACCGUUGUAAAUAUGGCCAGACACCCAUGAUGUGUGCAGUAUCAUCUGGACAGAAGGAGGUAUUCGACCUGCUUGUGUCACGGAAAGCUGACAUCAAUCUGAGAGAUGACAACAACAACAGUCUCCUUCAUUCGGCAUGUCAGCCAGACAAUACGUCAAUUUUAGAGAAUCUCCUUUCACAGCUUGACAUCAACAUACCAGGUCAACAUGGCUGGACACCGGUGAUGAAGGCAGCCGUGAAUGGAAGAAAGGAUGUAUAUGACCUGCUUGUGAAAGAGAAUGCAGAUCUUAAACUGAAAGAUGACAAUGGUAACAAUCUCCUCCAUCUUGCUUGCCACGGAGGAAAUGUCUCCAUUGUGAAGAACCUGCUUCCACAAUUUGACAUUAACAGUCGUGGAGGCAAUGGGUGGACGCCGGUGAUGUAUGCGGUCGUCAGUGGACACGAUAUUCUGUUCCACUUGCUCGUGUCCCAAGGGGUGGAUCUCUCUCUAAGGGAUUACUACGACAACUCGGUAUUUCAUUUAGGAUGCCUGGGAGGAAAUAGAGUCAUAGUGAAGGAACUUCUGCCAAAGGCUGAUUUGAACAGUCAGGGAAAUCUUGGGAGAACAGGUGUCAUGAAGGCUGCUUGGGCAGGCAAUACUGAUGUUUUCAAACUUCUUCUGUUAGAGAAAGCUGAUCUCAAAACACUUGAUGACAACAAUGAUACGAUACUUCACCUGUCCAGCCAGGGUGGUAACUGCUCCAUUGUGGACUAUUUGAUAAAGGAAGGGUUUGACAUAACUUGUCGUGGAAAACAUGACUGGACAGCGGUGAUGAAUGCUGCCUGGUCAGGAAAGAAAGACGUUUUUGAUCUUCUUUCUUCAAAGCAGGGUUCCAUGUCUGCGUACAAUGUAUACGGUGACACAAUACUUCACUUGGCGUGUGAAGGAGGAAAUAUUCCCAUUGUACAAUCACUUUUGUCAACACUAAGACCUGAUGUCAACAUUCGGGGAAAGAAUGGCCGGACUCCAGUAAUGGCUGCAGCAUGGGCUGGGAGGAAUGACGUGUUCGAGCUUCUGGUUUCAAAGAAUGCUGACCUAAAACUGAUUGAUAACUAUAGCAGCAACAUUCUCCAUCUUGCAUGCCGGGGUGGAAAUACACUCAUUAUUGAAUAUCUCCUGCCGCUGUUUGACAUAACCGUUCCUGGAGAAGAUGGAUUUACACCAUUAAUGAUGGCAGCUCUCAGUGGGAAGAAGGAGGCGUAUGAUCUGCUUGUAACAAGAGGGGCCGGUAAAUCAUCGCUUACCUCUACGGAUGAUAAUGUCCUUCAUGCUGCUUGUCAAGGGGGAAAUCUGGCCAUUGUAAAGGAAGUGGUUGACAGCUUUGACAUCAACUGCAGAGGAAAGAAUGGUCAGACUCCUUUAAUGAGGGCAGUCUGUGGCGGCCACAUUGCUGUCUACAAAUACCUGGUGUCACGUGAUGCUGACCUUACACUGGUGGACAAAGAUGGCCGCACUCUUCUACAUCUUGCCAGUCGCCAUGGGCAGCUCGUUAUGUUGAAACACAUCAUUGAUGGUUCUGAUGUCAACACCAAAGAUAAUAUGGGCUUGACACCUGCCAUGACGGCAGUAUUGCAUACACAAGGUGCUGUACUUAAAUACAUGAAAGAUAAAGGGACACAUUUCUCUUUAGUUGACAACGCUGGAGACGAUGCCCUUACUCUCGCCCUUAAACUUGGGAGCAGACAAGUCAUAAAACAACUGGACAGAAAACAUGAUAAGAAAGUGACACCAUGGAAUGAGUUAAUGAAGUCUCUGGUAAGAGGGGAACUAACUUUCCUGAAGACUUUCGGUCAAAAGAGUCCAGAUCUUGUUGAGAAAGACCAAGCUGGAGACACAUUACUCCACCUGGCUUGUCGAGGAGGUAACAGACACUGUGUGGAGUAUCUGCUCCCGUCCUAUGACAUCAAUGUCCAAGGACAGUAUAACUGGACACCGGUGAUGAUGGCGGCAGCAUGUGGACAUGCUGAUGUCUUCCAGCUGCUGGUGGAUCACAAGGCAGGUCUCUAUCAUGUCUCAGACACAAGAGAGGACAUCCUCGCUCUAGCACGUCUGGCAAACAAUACCGAUAUUAUUGCAUACUUGGAAAAAGAUGAGUGAAAUGACAGUAUUGAACUUCUAUCUUUAAAACAAGAAUCAUCAGCGGUGUAGGAAAAGCUUUAUCAUUACGGACAGGACUGACAGUGGUGGAUAUAAAGCAUAACGUUAAGGAAAUACUCGCCUGUGUAAUAAGAUUGGCAGGUACACAGCACAAAGCACGGAAUUUGCAGACUGUGGAAAUUGUAAUUUGGCAGGUACAAUAACAAACACUUUUAUGGAUUUCUUU